AUGUGUGCCGUAAUGGCAGAUUAGGCAAAUCAUAGAUUCUUGAUCGGAACAAAUUCAUUCAAGAGAGAGAAUGAAAUUCAUCUGAUAAACUACUCUGAAGACUCAAAUCGAAUUGAUUAAGAGGCAGUCUUUCAAGUUGAAUCAGGAGAGGUUUGGUCAAUUUCAAGUUCACCUUACAAUAAGAAUAUCUUUGCAUGUGGAUAGUAAUGCCAGUUAAAUGGUGAGCAUUCUCUUGCUCUCUAUGAUAUAAGUGAAGCUAAAGAAUCAACUAGAGAAUUCGAUAAGAAAAAUUUGAAGAUAAAAACUCUUCUCAAAGGAAAUAAAGAAUCAAGUCAUACCUCAAAUAUUCAUAGUAUUUGUUGGGAGGAUGCUGAAUACUAAGAAGGAUAUGCUGCCAAAGAAAUAGUGUCAGCUGAUACUAGUCGAGUUAUAGUAUGGGAUAUUAAAUAAUCAACGUAAAAGCUAAGUUAUGACCCCUAGUCUUUUCUUAAUGAUGAAGAUAGCUUAGGAGAAUGCUCUGUAGUAAAGAGAGAUCCUCAUCAUAAAGAAAUCUUAUGCUUGGGAAUAGAGAAGGGUUUUUAUCAGAUUGACCAAAGAAUUCCAAUAAAAAAUGCAGCCUCAGAUAUAGCAAUCAGUUAAAAUAGAGCACAUUCUGAUUUAAUUAUGGACCUAGACUACAAUCCAAAUAAACUGAAUACUGUUGCAACAUGCGGAUAAGAUAGUGUGAUAAGAUUUUGGGAUCUAAGGAAGACUGAGAAAUCUUUACUAGAGUAUGAGGAAGACUCACACUGGAUAGGCAAGAUAAAGUAUAACAAAUUUCAUGAUUAGCUACUCUUAACAGGUUGUACAUCUACAUUUGUUUCUCUCUACAGUGCACCUUCUGUUUCAUAAAUGCCUUAGUCUCAAAUUAAUGACUUAAAUACAACAUUAAUGACUUCAAUGACACUUCCUGAUGGAGGUUAUGGCUAUGGUCCUGACACAGAGAGAAUGCUUACAUAGACCUAACGAAAUGAUACGGAGAGCUAGAUGGAUAUUAUUAGUUCAAGAUACUACUAAUCAAAUUAACUUGGCCAAACAUUUAGACAGCAGAACUAGCCCAUUAAUAGAAAUGGUGUUCGGCUUUUGUAAAGAUAUGAACUUGAGGACUCUGUGCAUGUUAUAGAUUGGAGUGCAGGAGAUGCUUGGAUUUUCGCUGGAGUUUCUUAUAAUGGCACAUUCUUUCUUAAUUUAGUACCAUCGAAAGAAAAAUACAAAAUCUUACUGAUUGAAUGA